AGAUAUUAACCGAAGGUAAGAAUUAUUAUCAUCAGUGAUACCUUCUUAAAGAAAAUUCCUAGUGUAAUGGAGAUAAUAUAUAAAUAUAUAUUAUAGUUAAAAUCAAUUUAUUUGUCCAAAUUUUACUUUUAAUAUUUUAAUGUAUUAAUAUUAAUAUUAAUUGUUGAUAUUAUUCAUUAUCUUAUUUAAUAAUAUAAAAACAACUAAAAAAUAUAUUCGAAGAUAGUUAAUUUGUUUCAAUUAUAUCAUCUAUUUUAACAGUAGUGCCAAUAUUACAAUAUUUUUAGAUAAUUUAGUGUUAAUUUAUUGUAUGAAAAAAACAAAAUAUUUUAUAUUUUAUUUAAGGUUUAAGAUUUAAUCAUAAUUAUGUAAAAUUAUAAAUAAAUAUUAUUUUUAUUGAUUUUUUUAUCAUAUUUUUAUUUUUGAAUAUUUUCAGUUAUAUAUACAUUUCUUAUAGAUUGUUUUAUUCUUAUUUUUGUUGUUCAUAAUUUAUAAUAUAAUUUAUACUUAAACUCUGAUGGUAAUCUUAUCAAAAAUUAUAUUUAGAAUUUUUUUAUAGAAAACAUUUCCUAUUAUAUUUAUUGUAUCCUUGUAUAUUGAAUUAAUUUUUAAUAAUAAAAUAAUAAAAACAAAAUGUAUAAAAAAUAUAUAUAUUUUAUGUAUAUACCUAUAUUAUUUUAUAUAUCGUAUUAUAAAAUAAAAUUUCUGUAUAUAUAUAUAUCUAUACUAUAAACUCCAUUUUGUUAGUUGAAAAAAAAAACAAAAGAAAAGAUCAUCAUAAAACUUUACGAUUAUAUCAUAAACCAUUGAAUAAAUAUCUUAUUAAAAUAUUUGUUAUUUAAAAAAUAUAAUUAUAUUAUUUUUAAUGAUAUUUAAUGAAUUAUUGAUAAAAUAACGAUAAAGAUAAAUUUUUAUAAGUAUUUCUAUAAAAAUAAUUGAUAUUUUGUUUCAUGUUAUAAUAUUUAUAUCAUUAAUUAGUUAAUUAAAAUUUUAAUUUAUUAUUCAAGUAAAUUUUUAUUAAAUGAUUUUAUUUAAUUAAUAAUGACAUUAUUUAUUUGAAUAAAUUAUCAAGUUGGAAAUCUUAAUAUAUUAUAUUAGAUAUCCGUUGUAUUAGAUAUUUUAUUUGAACUUAAUAGGAAAAAGAAAAAUGUUUAUUUGAUUUUUUACAAUUACAAUUUUAUUUCUUUUAUUAGCUGUUUAAGUUUAGGGGAAGCUGUAGUUUGUUAAAUAGUAUUCAAAGAUAUUAUAAUAAUUUUUAAUAAAAAAAGGAUUACAUAUAAGGAGUUACUCAGAAUAAGAAUAAUUUCAUCAGAUAUAUUUAAACAGAAAUGUUAAUAUUUAUUUAAACAGAAAUAUUUAUUUAUUUAAUAUUAUUAUAAAGAUAUUUUAUAUAUUAAUUUUAUAUAAAGAUUUAUAAUUUUAUAUAAAACAUUAUAUUAAAAAAAAAAAUAAAAUGGAAAAAGUAUUAGAUGCAUUAAAUGCAAAAAUAAUUGCUGCAAAUAAACAUCAAGAUUUGUUUCUUAAGUAUAAAACAUUACGUACAGAUGAAGACCGUAUAAUGUUUACUCUUAAUGUUAUGUUAGAAUAUAAUAUAAUUCCUCAAGUAUGCGAUAAUAAAAAGGAUGCAAAAGAGUCUGAAAAAUUAAGAGAACAGGGUAAUAAGUUAUUUAUUUCAACUCCAUUGAAAAAUUAUACUUGUGUAGAAGCAUUAAAGCUAUAUACUAAAAGCAUAGCUUAUGCUCCUUAUCCAUCUGAACAACUUGCUUUGGCAUAUGCUAAUAGAUCAGCUGUUUUAAUAAAAUUACAUAAAUAUAAAUUAUGCAUUCAAGAUAUAGAUAGAACAUUAGCAUUAGCAUAUCCAAAUAAUCUACGUGCUAAGCUUUAUGUAAGAAAAGUUGAAUGUUUAAAUGCACUUAAAAAUCCUAAUAUAGAAGAUACUAUAAAAGAAGCACAAUAUUGGUUGGAAAAAAUAUCUUUAGAUAACAGAAAAAAAUUAAAUGAAAAAUUAAAAUCUAUAAAAAAUAUGUUACCAUCUCAAAAGUUUAAAAAAGAAAAGUUUAUGAAACAAGCACCGCUUCCUAAAAUAAAGACUCAUAAUAUUGAAGUUCCUUGUGCUUCUGAUGCAAUAACAAUAAAAUAUAAUGACAAAUAUGGUAGACAUAUUGUGGCUACCCGUAAAAUAAAUCCUGGCGAAGUAAUUGCAAUAGAAAAACCUUAUUCAUUAAUUUUAACUCCUGAUAAUAUACAUACUCAUUGCUCAAAUUGUUUAGAAGUAUCUUGGGCUAAUAUACCUUGUGAAUAUUGUACAUAUGCUAUGUAUUGUUCAGAAGAAUGUAAAGCUAUGGAAUGGAAAAAAUAUCAUGAUAUUGAAUGUACAAUAUUUCCUUCUAUGUUAAAAAUGAAUUUUGUUAAAUUAGAUUUGUUUAGUUUGAGACUUGCUAUUCAAGCUGUAAGAGAAGCUACAAGUAUACAAGAAUUAAAAAAAGAAUUAGAAGAAGUU